UCAUCAUGAAGACGGUGACCAGCCUACGGUGGCUUCUUCUCCUCUGUCUGUUAACAGUCUGUGAGUGCAAUGUCCAGGAGGUGACAGAAUUGGAGGGUCAGAAUGUCACUCUGCCGUGUAAAUACAAUAUUAAGGAGCAUGGACAAUUGCCGGUAUGCUGGGGGAAAGGACAUCUGCCCAACUCCGGCUGCAGUGAUCUACUCAUCGCCACUGAUGGAACCAAAGUCAUAAAAGGUUCCAGAAAGUCUGACAGGUUCCAGCUGUUAGGAGACGUGAGAUCAGGAGACGUGUCUCUGACCAUCAAGAAUGUAACAAAUACAGACUCUGGACCGUAUGGGUGCAGAGUGGAGAUACCGGGGUGGUUCAACGAUAAGAAGCAUCACAUCAAGUUGACAGUUGAGAAAGCUCCUGAGCCAAUCACAUCCACAGCAUCAGACCAUGUGACUUUUACAGAGCACACCCCCUCCAACCAAACACAAGGUCAUAUGAACUCUACAGAGAGUGCGGACAUACUCAUCUCACACCCCAGCCAGACUGAGGAGAUAAAGACCAGCAGCUUUGGUCCUGGGGUGUUGGCGUUUAUCGUCCUCAGUCUGGUUUUGGUCUCUGCCGCUGGAGUGAUCUUUAUUGGAAGGAGGGUGAAGAGACACAACAAAACACUUCAUACCAUCCCGUUGUCUGCCGGCUCGGAGCAGUUCACAUCGUCCGGGUCCAGUAUGGGCCUGCACAACAGACAGCCGGCGUUGGAGAACAUCUACCAGAUAGACGAAAACAACGACUACGAGUUCUGUCUUUGACCUGGACCCCGGGGCCAUCCACCGGGACAAACGGCACUGCCAACGGGACCAAUGAGAAGACUGCACACAAGCAGAGCUCUACGACACCCUGACAUGCCCUCCGUUCCCUUCCGGUCCUACCGCCAAGCUGCACAUGUCUGCACUUCACAGACGGCCGCAGAAUAUACUAUAAUUCAAACCCCUGACUACUUUCUUCUGCAAUACA